AUGGCAAACCAGAAGAAAUACAAAGGAGUACGUUGCAGAAAAUGGGGGAAGUGGGUGUCAGAAAUCCGAGUUCCUGGAACCAAAGAACGUCUUUGGUUGGGCUCCUACUCUACACCUGAGGCCGCAGCUGUGGCGCAUGAUAUAGCAUACUAUUGUCUACGAGGACCGUCAUUGCUACAUAAUCUUAACUUUCCUUCUAUAUUACCUGCCACUGCUCAAACUGGCUUAUCGCCAAGGUCGAUACAAAAGGCCGCCUCGGAUGCUGGAAUGGCCAUCGAUGCCCAAUUCACCAUUAGAUGUCCAUCAAAAGACAAGGUAAAGGUGAAUGAAGUUUGGUCAAAUGGGGAGGAUAGCUCUGGAUCAUGGGAGGCAAGUGUGAUGAGAGAAGGGGAGGCUUUAAACAUUUCCGUUGAAGAUUAUAUUUAA